GCGCGGACACGCCAGAGCCUCAUCACAUCAGUGAUCGCAGAACUUUAUGAUCAUGAAGAAGAAAGAACACGUGUCCUUAUCUUCCAACCCCAAAGUAAGGGGCAGGCUGGGGCAGAGGCAGGAGCCAGGACGGCUGAUCCUGGCAGUCCUGCCUGCUGAGGCCAGAGAAGCUGGGGGAGCUGCAGGGGCAGAAGAUCCCUCCUUAAGCACCUUUGAUGUAUCCUUGACAUCCAUCUACAACCUCACAGAUGAUGUGGGCUACCAAGGGAGCCAGGAGCUGACCAGCUGGGUCUGUAUGAAACGAAGGCACCUGCCCUGGGACCCUUGGAAAGAGGCCAGCUGUCCACCUCGCGCUGGGAUAAGCCUGCGACACGAAGCCCCGUAUGUAACGGGACGGGUCAGUGGAGAGCGCGCUUCAUCCCCUGCUCUCGGAUUCCCCAAGGAGGAAGACCCCGGCCUCGCUCGGUCCAAGAGGCGGAAGCGCAGCAAGGUCGCCACCGUCCGGCCGAGGAGGGACAAGGCGAAGGACGAGGACGCGGACGAGGAGGACGAGGACGCCGAGAACGAGGGGCCGCCCCGGGCCGCGCGGUCCCCGAGGGUGCGGCGGAAGCGCCACCCGUCCUCGCGGACGCGCCCGCUGCGGCAGGAGCACCCGGGCAGCUCGGAAAGCAGCCCGAGCACGCUCACGUCCAAGAGCAAGUCGUCCCGCUGGAGCCUGGCCGGCUUCGGCCGGUACCUGUGCAGCUGCUGCGACCGGCGGCGGCGGUAGGGGGCGGGCGCCGAGGCCGAGGCGGCGGGGGAGGCCGGGGGCGCGGGCGAGCCCCCCGGGGAGGGCUCGACCCCGGCCCCGGCCCCGGCCCGGCCCCGCCAGCGAGCACCGCACGCAAGAGGCUCCCGGGAGCGCGCCCAGGGACCAGGAGGACGGACAGGAUCAUCCGGCUCCCAUGUAAAUAAAGCAGAGUUUAUUUUGGGGCCCGGAAGGUCCUAGCCUGAUGA